UUCAGCCCUCCGGAUGAAGUCUUUCUUAGUACCGCUCUCCGCACGGCCCCCACCUGCAGACUUCACGGCCCCCACCUGCAGACUUCCGGCCGGCGGCUUUUCGCCGCCCCGCCCCCGAGGGCGGGAUGCUGGGAUCCGCCAAUCACUGGGCGCAGGUGGUCGGAGGGGGUGGAGCCCGAGAGAUUCGAAAGGAGCCCCACCCCCUCGGGGCUGUUUCCCGGGGCUAAGCGGUGGGAGGCGGGCGCCUUCUGCAAGAGCUCAGGUCUAAGCUGACUCGCGCUCCUGCCGGCGGGAACAUGGAAGAUUUGGAGGAAGAUGUGAAGUUUAUAGGGGACGAGACCUUGGACUUUGGAGGGCUGUCGCCGUGUGACAGUCGUGAGGAGGAGGAGGAUGUAGCAGUGUUGGUGACUCCAGAGAAACCCCUCCGAAGAGGACUUUCCAAUCGAAGUGACCCAAAUGCAGUGGCCCCAGCACCCCCAGGGGUGAGGCUCAGCUUAGGCCCCCUUAGUCCAGAGAAGCUGGAGGAGAUUCUCCACGAGGCCAACCGGCUGGCAGCCCAGCUGGAGCAGUGUGCCCUGCAGGAGCAGGACAGCACAGGUGAGAGCCUGGGGCCUCGCAAGGUGAAGCCCAGCCCUCGACGGGAGACCUUUGUGCUGAAAGACAGUCCAGUCCGAGACCUGCUGCCCACUGUGAGUUCUUUGACUCGGAGCACCCCCUCCCCAAGCAGCCUGACACCUCGACUCCGGAGCAGCGAUAAGAAGGGGUCAGUCAGGGCUCUUCGGGCAACAUCUGGAAAGAGGCCUUCGAGUGUGAAGAGGGAGUCACCCACUUGCAAUCUGUUCCCUGGAUCCAAAAGCCCAGCGUCUUCUCCUCUUGCCCGAUCCACUCCUCCAAUCCGGGGCAAAGCUGGCCCCAGUGGGAGAGCAACAGCAAGUCCGCCUGCGCCUGUCAGGCCAGUAUUGGCCCCACAGCCUCCAACCGGCAACUCUCAGCGCCUCUCUCGGCCCCAGGGAGCAGCUGCCAAGCCUUCCAGUCGACUGCCUGUUCCCUCGGCCAUCCCCAGGCCUGCCAGCCGAAUGCCACUCACCAGCCGGAGCGUACCACCUAGCAAAGGUGCCCUGCCUCCAGCCUCUCUGCCAACUCGGAAAGGACUUCCACGACCAAGCGCUGCAGGGCACAGAGUUCCUGUUACCCAGAGACUGAAUCUUCCUGUCUCUGGUGCCACUCGUAGCAAUCUGCAGCCUCCCAAGAAAGUUGCAGUCCCAGGACCUACCAGGCGGAGAAACUAAGGCCCAGAGAGAUUAAGUCACUCGGCCGUCUGGAGGUUUGUGCUCUUAAUCACCACCCUCUACUGCCCCCAUAUUAACCCCCUAAGUAGUUUGCUGAACAGACCUUUGAAAAACACAACACUUGGGAAUAGGAGUAAUGUUGCAGAACAUGUAGGUGGCUUGAGUGUGAACUGUCACUUCAUUUCCAAUGGUAGAACACACAAAAUGGCCCAAGAGGAGUGGCGUCAGGAGACACCAAGUCACUGAGCCACUCAGCCACUCACCUCUGCUCUCCCUGCCUCCUGAGUUCUGUCCCCAGGGCUCAGCCCUAAGGGGCUGCACUGAAAACCUGCCUGCUCUUUGCAGCCUCUCCAGGAAUACAAGUCCCUCCAGUGCUGGGGAGAAAGAGCCUUUCCUGCCACCUGCCACAUCCUCCUUGGACAUUCCAGGACAUGGGGUCUGUGCUGAUGAGGCCAUCCAGGGAGCACUGCUGGGGUGUCAGUAGCAGGGCUAGCUCAGUGGCCGCUUGACAUCCGGGGCCCCUGUCCCCCAGCCCUCCUAGGACCCUGGCUGCUCUUAUUUUCCAGAGCACUGCACAGAAGCACAUGAUGACAGAGCUCAACCCGCACAGAACUAGAGUUUAUUCAGUAGUAUGGGGAAAUGAAAAAACAAACACAAAACCCUACUGUAUUUACAGUAACAAUCAAACUGUACAAUCUGAUGGUUAGUAUCAAGUUAGCAUCCAGCAUCUUUGUAUUUUUUAAGUCAAGUCAUCAGUAGUUAAAAACCAGUUAAAUUUUUAACCCUUUGUAGGAAUUGCUGAGGGGAGAGUUCGCGGGGAGAAUCCAUGGCAGAAAAGCCAGCAACCAGCCUUACAAAUGAGAAAUAGGAACUUUUUUUUCCACCCAUAGCCUCUUUUUCUAGUCACCUGCUCCAGAGGAAAGUCAGUGACAAGUCCGUAAAACAUGCUCAGCGCAAAUGGUACCUCAAACAGCGGUUGGCAAACUGAGACGGCGGCGGGAAGAGAGGAGGCAGGAGGUGACAGCCUAGGACAAGGGGAGGGCCUCAGGCCCCUCGCCAGGGCUGCUGGGCACACACCCAACCUGUCUCGGCCACAUCGGACCCCUGGGACCGGACAUAAACCCAUCCCAACACAAAAAGCAAAUAAAUAAAAAUAUAUAUUAA